AUGGACUUGUCUCCAAAGCUUCCCGGCUCGGAGAUCGGGAAGAUGUGGCUGGCCCCCACUCCUCGCCAAGCGAUGGUGGGAGCUACUCCCAGGGAUGGCCGCAAGCUGAGCCAGAGUUGUGCGGGUGGGUUGAGGGUCACCAUUGUGGUCUCAGCAGCAGAAGGCUUGCCUAGCGGUGCACAGAUUGAGCCGCCGAAGUUCGCAGACUUGCAGAGCACGGUUUUAGACUGGCCUGAUGGAUCAGCCGGAUUACAGCAAACUCCCGAUGCGUUGCCGAAGAAUGAGCUGGCGAGAUCGAGGAAAUCGAACAAAGGCAAGAGUCCAGCCAAGAAGACUGCAGCUCCAAGAUACGAUGCCAGAGGUCAUCGCCUGCGGCCCAGAAGAGAUGCAAAACAGAAACGUCCCGUUCCACAAGAUGGCUACAAUGAAGCUCCCGCCCCCGAGGAUGCCAAGCAGCCUGGACCAGAAGAAGCCACGGCGCAGGUCGACAGCGAUUCCCGAAAUGGUCCACGACCUCCGAGGGUUUCGGCACCGCGCGCGCCGGCGGCAGGCAAGCCGGCCUCGGCCCUCCUCUCCAUGGCCAGGUCGGCCAAGAGCUUCUCGCCUCCGAAGCGGGCGGCGAAGAACAUGUCAAGUGCGAAGCUGGAGCCGCUGCAAACUGAGAAGGAGAUGCAGCAGCUGGAGCACCCGGAGGUCCAACAGGAGCCUUCGUUUCCGAAGCCCAUGCCGAGAUCCGGUUUGGGUCAGCACAUGGACGUGCGUUCUCGGCCCCCAAGCCACUCGAGCCUCGGCAGCGGCUUGGCCCGAGCGGCCUCGGCAGUGUCCGUGGGACCCCUCCGACGAGACAUUCCGGUGCCCACGGCCCUGCACCCUGCAAGCUUCCAGCGACGCGCGCGGCACAUGGACGCCGUAUUGGAUCUGAGGGACCUUCAGGAGAAAAUCCGCAACCCGAACUUCAGCGAGGACAAGAAAUUUCAAGUUGCCGAUCUCGCAAUGCGCGAUUUGCGUGCUGACCUCAGUACCAUGUUGAGGAGGUCUGCUGCAAAAGCCCACUCUUUGGAUCAGCCUCUCUCAGCUCCCAGAUCAGUGGAUGAUGUGUUUGCCAGCCAAGUUGCCAAGUUCCAAGAACCGCUCGCGACGAAACGUGCAGCACAACCUGUACUCCGGGAGAUCGACUCCAGAGCCGCUUCUGUGCAAGAGGAUGAUGCGGAGGCUUCUUUUGGGGAGGAGCCCCCAGCUAUGGCUGAUGCUGCUGCUGCAGGCACCAUGGCUUCCAUGGCCCUUGGACCUGCUUCGCCAGCUGCUUCAGAGCUGAUGUCACCUCUCGCAGACAAGCAGAAGAUGAAGUCAGCUUUGCGGCGGAACUCUCGUGGCAGCGCUCGUGUGAGCUGGGAGCAGUUCCCAUCCGAGGACGUCUCCGAUGCAGGCCUGGGCAGCCUUCCACUGGGUCGCUUACCCUUGGGAGCAGCAGCUUCCAGCUCGAUGGGCGGCGGCCGCGAUUCCCUGCAAAAGUCGAUCAUGAGCCGGCAAGGAUCGACGAUUUCGAUGGCAGGUGAAAUCAGCUUGUCCGGGGAUAUGAUGCACAGAGUCUCCAGCGCCAUGACGCAGAAAGGACAGACGACUGGAUUGAAGAACAUCAAGCAAAGCUUCGAGCCCACUUUGCGUAAGCGGCUUGGCGAAGCUUUCUCUCGUCUGAGCGAAGCAAACGAGCUUCACCGGGAUUCGAUGCACAAAGCGGUUGAGUUUGCAGGAUGGACGGUCACAGCCGAAGUCAAAGCGCUGAUAAACGAGGCUUAUGACAGCCUUUUCAAGUACAAUACCCUGAAUCAGCGGGAGUUCUUUCACUUCUUCGAGAAGUUUCGGCAUCUGGAGAAGCAGCGUGCUUUUGAAGCCUUCAACACCUUUGAUGCAGAUGCGAGCGGAACGAUUGACUUCGAAGAGCUUGGCGCACUGCUGGAGUCGCAGGGUAUCUUCCCUUUACAGCAUGUCAUCUACGAGCUGGCAAUGGAUGCCUGCGAUGGCAAUCUGGUUGAUGGCCUAGACUUUUCCGAAUUUCAGCGGGUGCUCGAGAUUCUUCGCGAGCGUGAAGGCUUCACACGCGAGGAGAUUGAACGCAUCGAAGAUGCUUUCGACAAGUGCGACGCCGAUGGCAGCGGAUCGCUGGACCUCCUGGAAAUCAGCCGCGUCCUCGCUAUCCUGGGUUACUCCCGGGACAUGAAGUACCAGGACCUGCUGGCAGAGGUGGAUGCGGAGAAGACGAAUCAGCUGAGCAAGCGGGACUUCACGGUGUUCAUGCGAAAGAUCCAAGAGCGGAACACAAAGUUGAUAAAGGAUUAUUUCAGGGAGUGCGACACAGACGGUGAGCCUGGUCUGGAUGCGCGAGAAAUUGCGUUGCUGCUUCAAUCCCUCGGAUACCUACCCGACAUGGCAUGCAUUGUUGAGACGAUGCUGCAGUUGGGAGUGGACGACCCUGAAGAGGACUUGGAUUUCUCACAAGUGUGGCGCUUCCUCGAGAUCUAUCGCCGACAGCACGGCCUCACCCUUGGCACAAUCACUGAAGCAUUGGACCUCUUCAAAAGGUUCACGUCAGACGACACGAUCAGCGUGGAUUGCUUGCUCAAAAUGGUGAGAACGAUGGGGUUCGAUCUCCACUACCACGAGGUCCGCAGACUCAUGUACCUGGUUGAGUCAAGCGAGACCAGCGUCAUGAAUGAGAAGGAGUUCGUGAUGGUGCUCGGACAUUUGCGUGACAGGGAACUGCGACAGAUGUGGAAGGUGGUUAGUGACCAAGAGUCAGCCAGCACAAGCCCGGCCGCAGCGGAGCUGAAGCAUCGGUUCAAAACCGAGAUGUUGGGCAUCGCGGACGACAAUGAGGAGCCGCGUCGCAAGAAGGUGACCUUCAUGGAGUUCAUCCCAUCGGCUACACAGCGUCGGAACCAACAGCGCGAAGAGGUGUGCCGGAAUCACGGCUUCGGCAAGGAAGAGGUGGAAGCUUUGGAGGGUGACUUCCACUCUUGUGGGCGCGAUGCAAACGGCUGUGUUCGCACGAUUGAUCUGAGGCACCUCUUGAGACAGAAGUUUCCCAUGCUCGCAGACAAGAUGACCAUGAAGGACAAUCGGGCCAAGCUCAGUGAGAUCCUUGCAGGCAAAGAGCCUGGAAGCCGAGUGGGGAUGGAUGAGUUUCUUGCACUUUGUCGCGUGUGCAUUGACAUUGUCGAGCUAGACAAGCUCAAACGAGAAAGGCAAGCCAUUGAGGAGCGGGACUUCACCCCUGCGGAAGUCCACGAGUUUCGCGGCCUCUUCAUGUCUCAGGCAACCUCCUCGGGGCUUCCGGGCUCGUAUCGAAACCGUCUCUCCUUCGAGGAGCUUGGCCAGUUGCUGGCCAGGGUCGUCCCACUGGGGUACAAGAAUGCGCAGGUGCUCAAGCGUGAAGUCCGGCAAGUGCACAAGCACGGCCCUGGGGGCGACGAUUCUCGGCAUUCCUCGGGGCCCGUAGACGUGACCAGUAAGGGCCGAGCAUCGAAGAGUGCGGGAGUAUGCGCGGAGAGUCACACCGUUGGGGAAACCCUUGGGCCACUUGUCAGGAACCUUACCUAA